GUUGGCAGAGCGUCCUGCAGGGCUCGCAUCAGUCUCAGUGGGGGGAAACUCUGCUGAGUGAGGGGAGAGGAAGAAAAAAAAAAACAAAAAAAAAAAAACAAAAAAAAAAAGGAAAGAGGCUUCACCGGUUUCUGCACACUUGUCUUGUGAAGUGAUUUAAAGAUGCAGAGCUGCGCCAGGUCCUGGGGGAUCUUCUUGGCCAAGUCGGUGAAUCCCAGCGCACCGUGCAGGCAUCUGAGUAACAAGAGCCGCGUGGUGUGGAAACUUCAGAGCAGGAUCCGAAACAGCACGGCAUCCUGUCCAACAGCAGCCCGAGGUCUGAGGACGUCUGCAGCCGCCUGCUCCAGACAGAUAGAGAGAAUAUUACCCAGACAUGAUGAUUUUGCAGAAAGGCACAUCGGUCCAGGUGAGAGGGAGAAGAGAGAAAUGCUGGAUGUUUUGGAGCUCGAGUCAAUCGACCAGUUGAUCGAAAACACCGUUCCAGCUUCCAUCCGUAUGAACCGGAGUAUGAAAAUGGAUGAUCCGAUUUGUGAGAAUGAAGUUUUGGAGACUUUACAGAAGAUUGCAUCAAAUAACAAGGUUUGGCGCUCCUACAUUGGCAUGGGCUACUACAACUGCUCCGUCCCACCACCCAUUCAGCGUAACCUGUUGGAGAAUGCAGGAUGGGUGACACAAUACACGCCCUACCAGCCAGAGGUCUCUCAGGGUCGUCUUGAGUCCCUUCUCAACUAUCAGACAAUGAUCUGUGACAUCACGGGCAUGCCUGUGUCCAACGCCUCUCUGCUGGACGAGGGGACGGCCGCCGCUGAGGCCAUGCAGCUCUGCCACAGACAGAACAAAAGAAGGACCUUCUACAUUGACCCACGAUGCCAUCCUCAGACCAUUGCUGUGGUGCAGACCAGAGCUAACUACAUCGGGGUAAAAACUGAACUUAAGCUUCCUCAUGAGAUGGACUUCAGUGGGAAGGAUGUGAGUGGUGUGCUCUUCCAGUAUCCAGACACUGAUGGCCGGGUGGAGGACUUCACUGCCCUUGUGGAUCGAGCACACAAAGGAGGGGCUCUGGCUUGCUGUGCUACAGAUCUGCUCGCCCUCUGCAUACUGCGUCCUCCUGGAGAGUUCGGAGUCGACAUCGCACUAGGCAGCUCCCAGAGAUUCGGCGUUCCUCUGUGUUACGGCGGCCCACACGCUGCCUUUUUUGCUGUUAAAGACAACCUGGUUCGGAUGAUGCCUGGCAGAAUGGUCGGAGUCACCAGAGAUGCAGCGGGUAAAGAAGUGUACCGACUAGCUCUGCAAACAAGAGAGCAGCACAUCCGCAGAGACAAAGCAACCAGCAACAUCUGCACGGCACAGGCUCUGUUGGCCAACAUGGCUGCUAUGUUUGCACUAUAUCACGGUCCUCAGGGUCUUAAACACAUCGCGGAAAGGACACACAAUGCUGUUCUGAUCCUUGCAGAAGGUCUGAAAAGAGCAGGACACAGGCUGCACAGUGAAAUGUUCUUUGACACACUCAAGAUCAACUGUAGCGUGGCAGCCAAAGACAUCCUGGAGCGGGCUGUGCAGAGGGAGAUAAACCUAAGAGUCUACAGUGAGGGAGUGUUGGGAGUCUCUCUGGAUGAAACGGUGACUGAGAGGGAUCUGGAUGACUUACUCUGGGUCUUUGGCUGUGAAUCUUCAGCUGAGCUGAUUGCUGAGAAGAUGGGUGAGCGGGUGAAGGGUAUCAUGGGAAGUCCUUUCAAGAGGACAAGCAAGUACCUCACACACCAGGUCUUCAAUAGUUACCACUCUGAGACUAACAUAGUGCGAUACAUGAAACGUCUGGAGAACAAAGACAUCUCUCUGGUCCACAGCAUGAUCCCACUGGGCUCCUGCACCAUGAAGCUGAACAGUUCUUCAGAGCUCAUGCCCAUCACCUGGAGGGAGUUUUCCAACAUCCACCCCUUUGUGCCUUUGGACCAGGCAGAAGGCUACCAGAAACUCUUCAGACAGCUGGAGAAAGACCUGUGUGAAGUGACUGGAUAUGACAAGAUCUCCUUCCAGCCAAACAGUGGAGCUCAGGGAGAAUACGCUGGCCUGGCUGCUAUAAAAGCCUAUCUGAACUCAAAGGGGGAAAGAAACAGAACAGUUUGUCUGAUCCCCAAGUCGGCGCACGGCACCAACCCAGCCAGCGCUCAGAUGGCCGGCAUGAAGGUGCAGGUGGUGGAAGUAGACAAAGAUGGAAACAUUGACCUGGCACACCUCAAAGCCCUGGUGGACAAACACAAGGCGAGCCUGGCAGCCAUGAUGAUCACCUACCCCUCCACAUUCGGUGUAUUUGAAGAACACAUCCGAGAUGUAUGUGAUCUCAUUCACCAGAACGGCGGUCAGGUGUACCUGGAUGGAGCCAACAUGAACGCUCAGGUGGGCCUGUGUCGUCCUGGGGAUUAUGGCUCUGAUGUGUCUCACUUGAACUUGCACAAAACCUUCUGCAUCCCUCAUGGUGGAGGAGGACCUGGCAUGGGGCCCAUUGGAGUGAAGGCCCACCUAGCUCCCUUCCUGCCGAGUCACCCGGUGGUUUCCAUGCAGUCGGUCAACACCAGCAGCUCGCUGGGCACAAUCAGUGCUGCUCCCUGGGGCUCCAGUGCCAUCCUGCCAAUCUCUUGGGCGUACAUCAAGAUGAUGGGCUCUAAGGGACUGCUUCACGCCACAGAAGUCGCCAUCCUCAACGCUAACUACAUGGCCAAGAGGAUGGAAGGUCACUAUAAGGUCCUUUACAGGGGCAGAAAAGGCUUUGUUGCCCAUGAGUUCAUUCUGGACGUGAGGCCUUUUAAGAAAACUGCUAAUAUUGAGGCUGUUGAUGUGGCCAAGAGGCUGCAAGAUUACGGCUUCCACGCUCCCACUAUGUCCUGGCCUGUGGCUGGAACCCUCAUGAUUGAGCCCACUGAGUCCGAAGACAAGGCAGAGAUGGACCGAUUCUGCGACGCCCUGCUCGGCAUCCGACAGGAGAUCGCAGACAUUGAGGAGGGAAGGAUGGACUCGCGCAUCAACCCUCUGAAGAUGGCCCCUCACUCUCUGGCCUGCAUAUCGUCCUCCAACUGGGACACGUACUCAGGGGAACACGCCGCUUUUCCCCUGCCUUUCAUUAAACAUGAGACCAAAUUCUGGCCGACCAUCUCCAGGAUCGACGACAUCUACGGCGACCAGCACCUCGUGUGCACCUGCCCGCCCAUGGAGGUCUACGAGUCCCCAUACGAGGAGAAGAGAGCCUCCUCAUAGACGCUCUCUCCAAGUCCGGCAUGAGCUCAAAGCGGGUGAACCCUCACAGACUUCAAAACAACCCGUUUACUUGGCGAAAACUUGAGAGCUGGAGGGUGCAAGGACUCAAAAUGUUAUGGUGUAAAAAUGAUUUUAACUCCGGCAGAGUACAUGAACUAAGAACACUUGAUUUCUUUCUCUGGUUAUUCCUGUUUUUAACUUUAAAGUCCUGUAAAUUGUAGAGUCACACUGCAAAUAAGACAAAGUCUGCAAAACAUACUUAGUGCAUCACUGGUGGAUUGUCUGAACUGUCUUAGAAAUGGGUUUUUUAAAGUCUGUGAGGUGGACAUUUGGACCGGGCUUUUUCUAACUGCACCCAAUCUACCAGAGUUUUAGGCUUUUUCCCCAACUCGAACUCUUCCAACGGACCAAAGGUGCAACUUUUGCUUUAAGUCGCAAAAAUAAGCGCACCCUUCCACACCAAGGCCGCUCCACACUGCACCUGAGAAUGACUGACUGUACCCUGAACACCAACGCAAAGACCAACAUGCAGUUCAUUCCUCCAUCCAGUGCCUCUGUUGUGUAAAAUUGCUGCCUUUACCCCCCCCCCCCCCUCCUUUUUUUCCCCUUCAAAUACCUGACAAAUAAUAGAUAAGUUUGUUGUAGGUUUUUGUUAAUAUGCAUCUAUUGUAUGAAAAUGUGUUAGUGCGUGUCAUGACAUUUGUUGGCCACAUAGAUGAAAAUAGUUUUACCAUUAAUUUAAAUGAACUGUUUUCUAAUCUUAACUGUUGUCUUAAGCAAAUCUGUAUAAACGUUUUUGACAUUU